UCCGGUCCUAUCAAUGUGCAGAGCCACGAACAACGUCAGCGGGACCGAUUCCCUGCGUCUGCCAGUCCCACCACAGAUUCAUUUGGGAUCCUCAAACAGAUGAGCCCAUAGAGACACGGGAUCAAGGCAGCCUAUUAGAGCCAAUUGCCUGCUUCAGGGACUGUCGGCCCUUUCAGGCCUGGCAACGGGGGAGGGCGGGGGAAGACAAACCCAGCGCUGCUGCAGGAAGACGCUGAAGCAAGAGCGACACUCACCACCCCCCUGCACCCCCCCCUCCACUUCGCCGCACAGGCUUUGAAAGCUGCUCCCCCAUCUGAAUGGAAACUCGGAACCGCCGGGCGGCGCGUUCCUUCUCACCGAGCCUUGCAAUCCAUGUCGAGGGGAAGACGGUGCGAACCCGCGCCAGCGCUCAGCUCCCGGGACAGGGUCAGCAAUGCUACUGAGCAGAACUUGAUCGAGCCCCUUCCUCACUGCUAGUUGAAGCGAUGCUGCACGGCACAGCCAGCGCUUCUCCGGAUCUCCUUCAAGCUGAAGGUUACCCACCCGUGCAGUCAGCCCCAACCCUGUGAGUGCCUCGCCUUGGGUCCUCGCUCCGGCUGCUUGGCGGCGGCACGAAGGGCAAGAACCGGGCCGCCCGCGCCGGGGCGCACUGCACCAGCGGCUUGGGCUUGGUGGAUGUGUAUGCAUGAGUUCUGCACCGAAUGGGCGCAAAAAGCGCCCCAGCCGAUCCACCCGCUCCUCGAUCUUUCAGAUCAGCAAGCCCCAGCUGCAGAGCGGGGAGUGGGAACGCAGGGGCAGCGGCUCCGAGAGCGCCCACAAAACCCAACGAGCCCUGGACGACUGCAAGAUGCUUGUCCAAGAGUUCAACACACAAGUGGCCCUGUACCGAGAGUUGGUCAUUUCUAUUGGGGACGUCUCGGUCAGCUGCCCCUCACUCCGUGCGGAAAUGCACAAGACAAGAACCAAAGGCUGUGAAAUGGCCCGUCAGGCACACCAAAAACUUGCUGCCAUCUCAGGCCCAGAAGAUGGUGAGAUCCAUCCAGAAAUCUGUCGGCUUUAUAUCCAGCUGCAGUGCUGCUUAGAAAUGUACACAACAGAGAUGCUAAAAUCCAUAUGCCUACUGGGGUCUCUUCAGUUUCAUCGAAAAGGAAAGGAGCCUGGCGGGGGAACCAAGAGCUUGGAUUGCAAAGUUGAGGAGAGUGCCGAAACACCUGCUCUGGAGGACUCCUCCUCGUCCCCCGUAGACACUCAGCAACAUUCCUGGCAGGUUUCCACAGACAUUGAGAACACUGAAAGAGACAUGCGAGAAAUGAAAAAUCUUUUAAGCAAACUCAGGGAAACUAUGCCUUUACCACUGAAAAAUCAAGAUGACAGCAGCCUUCUAAAUCUAACUUCCUACCCUUUGGUUAGAAGACGGAAGAGAAGGUUCUUUGGGCUAUGUUGUCUCGUCUCAAGCUAGACAAUUCCUCCUGGAAACCCACCACUAGGGAGACCUGAAAAAAAUCACAGAAGCCAAGGACCUCCAGACAGCUGAACCACUGUUACUGGUUUUGACUAGGUUUUCUAUGUUUCCUUAUUAUUUUUAUCUGCUUCCCCUGCCCUUUUAAAUAAUUUUACAUUUGAAAGUAGCUGCUGUCAAGGAAAAAAAAAACACAGAUUCAAAAAGCAGGCUGUUUUUAAAAGGAUUUUUAAAUUUGACAUUGUGCAUGUCUGCUCCAAACCAUACCAUAACAGACACAAGUAUUAUGAUUUUUAGGUUACUUAAAGGUGUUUUUUUUAAUGUAUUAUACAGAGAAAAUUAUUUCAUGUAUAAUAGUAUAUCUAUAGCUCUUGCUUAUCUCAUGUUAACAAUUGAUCAUAUAUGGAAGAAGUCUUUAAACAUAGAAAUCUAUUUAAAACUGAAAAACUGUUAAAACUCGAAUAUAUCAAUAUCAUUAGAAAUAAUAUUAUAAUCAAACAUACCACCUCACUAUUGCUUUCUCUGCUUUCAUUCACAUUUAGUCUUCCAUUCUGUCAGAAUCUAAGAGCUUCAACAGAAAAACAUCUUAAUUUAUAAUGCACAAAAACCAUAUAUGGAAAGCAUUUAAAUUUUGUAAAUACACAAUAAGCCUAAAACCUUCGUACAAUGCAUACAGGCAACGAAUUUCCUUUUGAUCCAAUGGUGUCUUUUUCAGCUUCUUGGAGAAUGAAGUAAUCCAGUUAGAAAUGGUGUAGUAACAUAUACAAUUACCCUCCAAUGUAACAUUGAAUAUUAUCACAUUUUGUUCUAAUUGAAAUCUGAAGCAUGAUGUCUGCACAUCAGCAUAGUGUUAACUCUUUUAGGGCAUGCUGGAAUUAGCUCAGAUCGUUAAAAUAUUUAACAUUUUACAUUGUUAAUAAAAUCGUUUUAGUUAAGCUAAGCUUGUCUCAUUUUAGAUGACUAUGCAGAUAUGACUUUUCCAAUGUGUACUUGGUGUCUUAUCUUAUGCUUAGAAUCUUGAAAGCAGGACACAUGAAGCAAUACUAUAUUUUAGAAAGGAGGAAGCCACGUGCUUUGUUUUUCAGGCUUUCUUUUUCUGCUCAUAGCUUUGUUGUGAUCUUUCUCCACUAAGCUUGUAACAUGGUACAAAUUUUGUUAUAUUUCCCCCUGUUCCUUCUUUGGCCCAUUUCCCAGACAGAAUUACCCAUGGGCUAAGAGAUCAUGCGUUUGGACUUUUCUUGUUUUCCACAGUCUGAGAAAUCGUCAAGUCUGACAAGAGGCACCAGUGUCAAGUACUAUAAAAUGACGAGCUAGAUGCCUAUAAAUGGUUUAUCCAAGACGCAUUUUUAAUCCCAACCCUAUCAUUUCUCUGUACUUAUGUGCACAGCUGUUCAUAUGUCCACCACUAUUUUGACCUGAAAACUAAAUAUAUUAAAGCCUUUAGCUUUAGUGAAGAGGAAGACAGGUACAGACAAAUUACUGGAAUAAUUAUUGCAUUAGGUUAAAUUUGAUGACGUUGCUGAUAUUUGCCUGUUUUGACAUAAAAAUGGGCAAUUUCAUAUAGUUCAACCUAACACCUGAUAUUGUGGAAAUUAUCCUUAGAAUUGCAUUAUAGCUUUUUUGAUUGGAAGUGAAAGGAUUGAAUGGUUGGAAGAGAUAUCAAAAGGCUAUUCAGGUCUCUAUUUAGAUCAUACCAGCUGGUUGUUGGCCUGAUUCUUAGAGUCCAAAGUUGGGUUCCAAUGAACUGGUAAUUGAUGCAUGAUUAUUAUAGGUCUGUCUGGCUUCAUAUAAAGAAGGACUCUCCAAAAUUAUAUGAGAAAAAUCACAAUUUUCAAAAUCAGAUAUUUGUAAAACAGUUGUGGGAAUAUGCUAUUUAAAGACUCCCGUGGUUAUAUAUUCCCAGCAAAGCAGGUAACCACGCCCAGAUUUACCUGAUUUUCAUAAAUUUGAUUAAAGAUGAAUAUCCUUUCCUGAAUGUGGUUCAUUUUCAUCUUCUGAGGUUAAUUAACUUGAGGUCCAUUGUUUUAGAAAUUAUGAGGUAGCCCAAUUUGGCGCGUUCUCAGCCCCUGUCUCUGCCCUCUCCCAUUUUUAUACCAUGUUAAACCCAUAGCUUCAUUCUAGUUCCUACUAAUCCAUGCAAAGUUACUAACUGAUAAGUUCAACCUUGGUGUUCAGCACUUUCUUCUACAUGCCUGGCCUAAAUCACUUCUGCUUGGUUAAUUUGUGCUCACUCUAGCCUUAGUCUCAGCGUGAAAGUGACACUUAACCUUCUGUGCAAUUGUCCUUUGUACAAUUGAAGACUGUUAAUACAUUCAGGUCUCACCUCCAUGUUUAGGAGGAUUAUAGCAGCAUUUCAUGGAGAUGGGAAUUUGUCUAAUUCCCCAACUAGACUUUCCAUAUGUAAGGUAAAUAAAUUCAGCCACUUUAUCUUUUAUUCAUAGUGCCUGUUUCCCAGACUUGGAUCAGUUUUGUAGUUCCCGUAGACAUAACUCCAAGAUUUAUAGACUUUUUUUCACUAGCAGGUCCUAAAAUUAAAUUUAGUGCUCAAAGUCCUGAUAACCUACACUGGCUCAUAGUUGCAAUAGAUAGUGUAGUAUCUCCCAUUAGAUAGAACCCUGCUGACACUCCUCUCCUGUCACCUACCAAAGGACUUUCUCAGGUGUAGUUCCAUGAGAUAGAGUUCUGUCUCGGCUUUCUGCUGGUACUUUGCUUUUAGAUUAGCAAUAACACUGAGCUAAUCUCUAGGGAUAAGGAGAGACCAUUGAACCCAUUUUGCUGCAUGUACUCACAUGCUUGAAAGAGAAAAGGAUGUGAACUUUUCCUGGCACACAAUCACCCAUUUUACCGCCAUAUUUUUAAUACCCCAUGUUGAUUUUUUUUUUCAGAUUACAGAGGCUAUACAUGUUCUUUGUGGGAAAUCUGAAAAAUACUACCAAGUAUAAAGAAAAUAAAAGUCACCUGAAUUCCACCACAAUCACAUUGUUUAAAACCACAUUUCCAGGCUUUAAAUCAGUUGAUGGUGGGGCCCAGAAGCACCUUUGGAUAAGGUUUGUAAAGAAAUGUCCACAAGGCCAAAGGGUCGCUUUAAAAAAUCUGACCACUAAAUUUGUGCACACAGCUAGGAACAGAUUCACUGCACACGUCUGGUUGUGCCAUUGUUCAAGGGUACAAAGAAGACGUUAGAAGUAGCACAGCCCUGAUGCCUCCUCUAAUGAAAGCUCUUGGGGGAAAUUACAAAAUCCUGCCAGGUCAUUGUGUUCCUUGGUGCUUCUUGUAACAUUGGGAUACUUACUGUUUGGCAAUACUGCCACCUACUGAAAGCUGAGCUUUAGAGUGAGAGGGGACAAUGACUAUAGAGUAUAAAAGCAUCAAUUUACUUUAGAUAGCAAACAAACAAGCCAGAUUAACAAUGAUCCCAAAUGGAAUUUAAGACUCUGGAAGUCUCAGAGCUUAAAUGAUUAAGGAUAUCACCCAAACUAACUUCCCACUCAACACACAGAUCCAAGCAAUGUCUUAUCAUCUGUGUUCUAGAACAUCACCAAAUGUAAAAUGCUCAACUUUCCAGCAACUAUAGAUAGAAUAAGAAACAGCAGUGAUGCUACUGGUCCAAAAUAAAUCAUGAGAAUUAAAUGUAAAGUCCAGAAAUAAACCCAAAAAACAUAGACGAUCUGAGUACGUUAUAAAGGUGACAUUUCAAAUCCAUGAGGAAAGUUUGGAUUAUUAAGUAAGGUAUAUUGAGAUAAUGGGUUCGCCAUUUGUUGGGGGAAAAAUUGGAUCUAUGCCUCAUAACUUUCAUCAAAAUCAAUUCUAGGUGCAGUAAAGAUUUAAAGGUUAAGGCACAUAAAUAAACACAUAAAAGGAUGAGCAGGCAAUGUUAAUGAACAUUUCUGUAAUUUUAGUGUAGAAAACAAAAAACCUUUCUAAGCAUGAUUAAAGGAAGAAGCCACAAAAGAUGGAUGGAUUUGACCAAUUGAAAAUGCAAAACUCCAAUACAGUAAAGAAUAAACCAAGUUAAGAGAAAACAAAAUUUGAAAUAUAUGCAACAAAGACUGUAGGUCUCUAAUAUAUAUCAAAAGCUCCACUCUACUGCUUGCAGAAGUUUCUGUGAUCUAUAACUCCCUGCCCAGCCAAAUAUUCCCAUUUCAUUAUUUUCUUUUCUUACUGAACUGUUUUCGUUAUUGCUUAUUUAAUUGCUUAUAUCCACUAAACUGGAAGUUCAAGAAGGCAGCAACCAUGUCUACUUUGCUUACUGUUAUAUCCUCAACGCCUAACACAGUGCUAGACACAAAGCAAAUAAGUCUGAAAACAGACUUAUUAAAUGAGUGAAUAAUGAAUGCAUGAAUGACAUUUUAUGACUCAAAAAGAAUCAAACUUUCAAAUAGAAAACUGAGCCAAGGACACAAACUGGCAAUGUACCAUAAAUUUAAAUAAUGCACUAAUAAUAAAUAUGAUAAUGUUUCAACAUACUAGUGAUCAAAAAUGCAAAUUAUUACAAUAUAUUCCUUAUUAUGUAUCAGAAAGGCAAGUGGUACAAAGAAUUAAAGUUCCCAGAGACAGAAGGAAGUGUGUAAAUGAAUAUUUUCUUCCAGAAUCAACAAGAGUGUAAACUGAGUCAAUCUUUCUAGAAAAUAUUUUGGCAAUAUAUUUUACAUGUAUGCCAAGUAAUUCCACGUUAGGGAGAUUCUCCUUUAAAAAGUCCAAAAAAAAACAAACUAAGAUACAGUCAUUCAUUAUUCAAAAAAUAUGUGCAAGAAAGGAUGUGUAUAGCAGCAUUAUUUGGAGGGAUGGGAAAAAUGUAAAUAAGUCUAGGGUUGGUUAAAUAUGGUAUAACCUUUCAAUGGAAUACUGUGUACCAAUUAAAAAUAAGCACCAUAUGCAUAUUUAUGGAAAUGAAUAAGCUAUAUUGUCAACUGAAAAAAAGAAAUUUACAGAAGAAAUCAAUAGUGUAAUCCCAUUUUUAAAAUAGACAUAGACAUGUGUGCAUUAAAGGGUCUGAAAGGAUAUUUGCUAACAUGUUAACAGCAUUUAUCUCUGGGAGGUGAGAUUUGAAACAAUUAUAAUUUCUUUUUGCAUAUCUGUAAUUUCUGAAUUUUCCACAAUGAGCAUGUAGUACCUGUAGAAUUUUUCAGGGAAUAAACAGCAAUGUUCACAAUAUAUAUUAAAUAAAAAACACAUGUUAUAAAACAGUA